UGUGCGUUUAAGUGCCGAUAAGAAACAUCACAAAAAUUUUCUAAAUACUCGUCACGAAAUCAAGUUCAAAGUUUAAUAAAUUAGAAUGGAAAAACCUGAAGAAUUAUUACCAGAAUAUCUGAACAAAGAUUUUCUUGAAACUGCGAUUCAGAACUACAAACACGAUAAGACGAUCGAAAUUGUGAAAUACUUCAAGAAAGAAGGUUUCACUGAACAUUUCGCAAGUUCCAUGUUUCAAGUUGAAGUUAAGUUUAGGUCAAGGAAAUAUCCAAAACUAGAAGAAGAAACAUUAAAUGUAGUCAUUAAAGCAAAACCUGUGAACGAUGGCUUAAAAAUGAGCGUCGUUGCCGGUGGGCCGUUGUUCGAAACUGAGAUAGAAAUGUAUACAAAGACCAUUCCAGCAAUCAAUCAACUCUUUCAACAGUGUGGGAUGAAAGUUGAACUAGCACCGGAGUUAAUUUAUGCAACAAAUAUUCCUUUUCCUGUCAUCAUUUUAAAAGAUCUUGGCCCGGAGGGAUAUUUCGCUCCACGUAUGCCAGCUGCUGACAUAGAAGACAGCAAGCUCAUCAUUCAACGACUCGCACAAUUUCAUGCUGCGUCUUUCUAUUUAAGCGAAACUAAAGAACAUGAUUUCAGCAAUUACAAUUACACAAUUUAUUCGAACGAUGUUGUUAUUGAAACCUUUUUUCGUGAUACUUUGGAAGCUUUUCGUGAAAUUUUGAUAACAUGGGAAGGAUAUGAAGAUUUUAUUCCAAGGUUCGAUGCCUUCAAGGAACAUGUGGGAGAAAUUGGUAUCAAAUGUUAUACUGCCAACAAGCCCGAAGACGGCUAUAACGUUCUUAACCAUGGAGAUUUCCAUUUAAGAAAUAUUCUGUUCAAGAUGAACUCUGAGAAUCGCCUGGAAGCAUUCCGAUUUAUUGAUUAUCAAAUAAGCGUUUAUUGCAGUCCUGCAAUUGACCUUGCGUAUGUGUUUGGAAUUAUAAUGCGAGAUGAAAAUGGAAAUGUCCCAAUGAAUGACUUGAUUGUCUUUUAUCACGAAGAGUUUGUCAAAACUUUAAAAGCUUUUGGAUACAUGAAAACUCUUCCUUCACUGCUUGAUUUAAAUAUUGAGCUUUUGAAACAUGGUCAGAUAACAAUUCUUUUGAAAGUUUGUUUCAUACCAUUCGCCUUUGUUGAUUGGAGUACAAUGAAAGUGGAAGAUAUGAUGGCAACUGAUGGCGAUAAAGCCAAGGAAUUUAAAAAGAAAUUAUUUGAAAUUCCAGCUGUAAAAACUCUACUUCAAAACGAGAUGAAAGAAUGGAUGUAUAAAGGGUGGUUUUAAGGUUUUAAUCAUCACCAUUUAUAUGAAAUGUUUAAACAACAAAUAAACUCUUCUUAUAGCACACGUUCUUACUUCACAUUUACGUAUACUUACUAGACACGCUUAUCAACUUAAACACAGAAAAAAGAUUACCAGGGAGCUCAAGAGACUCUCGCGUCACGCGAUUUCGUUUUUUUUAUUUCAUUUUUCUUCUUCACAUCUAAAUACUGUGAGAGAAUCGUUUUCAGUUAAAUUUAUUUGCUCAAUUAACUAUACAUUUAGUCGGAGCUUUAUCUUAUCGCACCUUUUAGUAUUUGUAAUUGAAAUUAAUGUGAUGUGAGGUGCUUUCUAUUAAACGUUGAUAAGCAGACAGCAAUGGUAUGAAACAAAAUUCUUUUGUUAAGUUACUGUAUCAAUUGUGAGUCUUAAACGUUAAACUCUUGCGAUCAAUUUUAGCAUUUAAUAAAUAUUGAUUUUUCAUUGUUGUUGAAAAUUAUAAGAAAGUAAUUUUUGUGGAUUUAAUAAAGAUGGGAAAAUUUUAUCUUCGAUACUUAAUGAUUUUUACAUGAUUAUGAACAAAAACCAUUAAAGUGAAUAAAAAAUUUUGCUUACAAAG